AAUUGGCUGAACUCCGUUAUCAAUUUCGGGAUAUUCUUGUUGGGCUGUUGCGGUUGCUAAAAUGUGGCCGGAACACUACUUGCCCUGAACUAAUGGGGAAAUGUUCUAUCGUCCGUGAACUUCAUGUGUAUGGAACCGCUAUUCCAGUGCACGGCAGGGAUGCUGACAAACUGCAACAUCAGGGUUACGGUACACUUUUGAUGGAAGAAGCUGAACGCAUAGCCAACAAAGAGCAUAGAUCGACAAAAAUAGCUGUUAUAUCUGGUGUAGGAACCCGGCAUUAUUAUAGGAAAUUAGACUAUGAGCUUGAAGGCCCUUACAUGGUCAAAUGUAUAGUCUGGUAAGGCUAGUUUCGAUAUAUAAAAAAAUAGCGUAAAAUUCUAGCAAUACAUAAAUCAUAAUUUUUGUUCAAAUUGUUUGCCUGCAUGAACCCGUAUUUGUAUACUCGCCUUUAAAUAU